GAAGUCCCGGGCCUCAGUGUCCCCGGCUCCGCCGUUGGGGGGGCCGGGGCGGCCGCGGGGGGAUGAGCCGGAAGCGACCCCGCCUCAUCCCCGACCCCUUGGGGCCCAAGCGGCGGCGGGAGAGCGGGCCGGAGGACCGGCCGCGGGGCGGCCCCGCGGCCCCGGGCGCCGUGCGGGCGGCGUUGCGGGAGCUGGGCGGCCUCUUCCCCCGCCGCCUGUUCGAGGACGCGCUGCCCCCGCUCGUGCUCAAGACCCAGAUCUACAGCCUCGUGCCCGACCGGACGGCGGCAGACCGGCAGCUGAACGAGCUGCGGGAGCAGGGGGAGGUCCGGCUGUUCCAGCUGGGAUUCGACGCUGACGCCCAGGGGGUCAUCUUCACAGAGGACUUCAAGACCAAGGCGUUGGCGGCGUCCGGGGGUCGGAGAUGUGAGGGGACGGUGAGGCGCUUUCUGGACUCGGUGCUCCCGGCCUGUGGGGACCUCAGCUUCCAGCAGGAGCAAAUGGCCCAGACGUUUGGCUUCCGGGACCAGGAGAUCACGCAGCUGGUGAAUGCCGGGAUCCUGACCGUGCGGGACGCCGGGAGCUGGUGGCUGGCGGUGCCCGGGGCCGGGAGAUUCGUCAAGGUUUUCGUCAAAGGGCGCCAGGCGGUGCUGGGGAUGAUCCGGAAGGCGCGAUACCGGCAGCUGCUCCUGGCGGAGGUCCUGUCCCGGCGGCGGGCCCCGGCCGCUGUGCCCCUGGGCCUGGCCUACCACAUCCACGACCUCAUCGGGGCCCAGCUGGUAGACUGCGUCCCCACCACCUCCGGGACCCUCCUCCGCCUGCCAGAGACGUGAAGGACGUUCCCGCCCGUGGACCCUCCCCCGCCCCGCCCCCUGGGGGCGCCGGGCCUCGGCGGACCUCGCUCUGUGCGCCGUGUGGGAAGGGGAGCUGCACGUGCCCUUUCCCGGAGACUGGGGGUGGAGCAGACAGAGGCGGCGGGAGUACUGGCAGCGGGCAGGGCAGGGCAGAGGCCCCCCCGAUCCCCUCCCGGGGCGGCUUGGCAGAAGCCUGGCCGUGGAGCGCCCUGGGUCCCAUGGGGCUGAGCCCCUCGAGGCCGGGGCCAGGGCCGGGGUUGGCGGGGGUCAGCAGGAGGCUAGCAGAGGUCCGGCGGGGGCCAGGGGUUGGGGUUCGGGCUGUGCAGAUGUAUGGAUUCGGUGUUGCAUGUAGGAUAGGGGUCUCUCUCUCUCUCUCUCUCUCUCUGCCCCACUCUCCCUCUCUCCCCUCCACCCCAUCCCCCCGGUUUGGGAUCAGCCCAUUAAAGUCUUGCCAGCUGUG